AAGUAUGCAAUGUUCAUAUAUGCUCCAGCUCCAACCCCCAUCAUACUUCAACUGGGGUAUUCGUGAGCAAACGAGGAUUACGGCAGACAAACGUAAGGGAUCACACACAAACAGAGUGAGAUAGAGGAAAGGAGGGAGGGGAAGAGGGAGAGAAAGAAAGUAAGGAGGCAGUGUCCAGUUUAUUCCAAGGUAAACUUUAUUAAAGGCGACUGUCUGUAAUAGAAGGACAUUUUAAGAAUAAUAUACACACGGAAUAGUAGGCUAAACUUUCCUGCAAUUCCAUUGCGGUUUUUAUUAAGUAGGCUAACAGCAAAACCAACUGGUGGGAGCAAGGUACCAAUCACGGCUAUAACCUCUCCCUAACCCUCUCCCCUGAGGCCUGAGCUCUGGGCAUCCAAGCCCACACCCCCAUUUCACUUCACUGGUGGACAGACACAGGGAUGAGCAACAGUGGGACCAAGGAGCCGUCACCACAGCCAGGAGUGGCCCAAUCACCUGCCUCCACACCUCCACGCAGGGGCCGGGGACGCCCACGGAAACAACAGCAGGAGCCCACUGGCCCCCCAACCCCAAAGAGACCCAGAGGACGACCCAGAGGAAGCAAGAACAAGGGACCUCGUGCCACACCCAAGAAAGUAGAGCCAGUCGGGGAGAGAAGACCUCGGGGCCGGCCAAGGAAAUGGCCCCAGAAAGUAGUUCAAGAGGUGAUCCAGGAACAGCAGAGUCCUUCAGAAGAAACUGAGGGCCCCUCACAGUCUCUGCCCGCUGAGGCUUCGCCAUCUCAGGCUCCAGCCCAGGAAGUGGCAGAGGGGGAGUAGACAAUGUGCCACAAAACUACCUCAAGGUUUGGGCAGAGACAAAGAGGUGUACAAUCUAACCUCCAUUGUCAUGAGGAUUCCAAAAACAACAGAUAAUAGCCCUGCUUUGUAGAACAGUAGGCCUGAUGGUGGUAUUGUGACUGGAGUCUGUCCAGCACUGAGGCUGGGUCAAUGAUGGACAUAGCUUUGGUCAGUUGAUUGAUUACUUAGGAUUCGGUCAGUGGGUGGGGCUGUUCACUGAUUGGUUGACGUGUGCGUGUGUGUGUGUAUGCGUUUGUGGUGUUAAUGGUGGGGAGGGUUUAAAAAUAAAAAUAAAAGAUGCAGCUGCUGUCAUCAAAUGUGACUGACAUUUCAAAACACAUUACCGGGACAAGAUUCAUGACCCAUUUGACCCUAUUGUCACACAGGAGCUCGGCUCAAACGUAACUGUCUGUCCUGAUUGUGAAGAAACACGGGGAUAUUUAGUUAGAUAUACGUUGGAAUGGGAAUACAUGAACGUGAACAGAAUUAAGUCUGAACUCAACAGUGACAUGACUUGACAUCACACAUCAGGUUUUGUUUUUACUACAUUGCUCUAACCACACUCAAUAAAACCUUAGGAGGCCAUACUUGUGAACGUUAGAACAAGUUUUUGUUCAAGCUUAAGCAUCUGCCAAUUUAAAUUGUUGACAUAGUUGGAUAUGAUCAAAUGCUACACGUUGGCUGUUCCCAUUAAAUAACCUGGCACAUUUAGCCCUAUGCUAACCUCACCAGGUGGCAGUGAUUAUUUCCUGUAACAAAUCCUGCAUCUGCCUAUCAAAGAUCUUAAACUUUUUCUCCACAAACCAAUGGCAUUUCUUAAAAUAGGUGAACUUGCCCAGAGGGAUAUAUUUAAACCUCCAAAUUCAAGGUUGACUUUUGUUCCACUUCACUUGGUCUCUAGUGUAGAGUGACGAUAUUGCAGGAUCAUCGCGUCCUUGACUAGGCUACUCACCAACGUUACGUUAGACAAAGCUUGUUAUCACACAUAUAACAAAAUCGUAUGUUUUUGCUUAUCCGUUCCACGUACAUCCAUGUGCUUUUUACAGAGAAAAUGUAAAGGAGGUCUAUGCAACAUUUAAGUUGAUCCUACAUCGUCAAAAACGUAUUUACUAAAUAUAGAACUUUGAAAAUACAUAGUGUCACAGUGUGAUGUGUUCUGCAAUACGCAUCAUACUGAGACACUUUCUGCAUUUUAAAGUUCUACAUCUUGAAAACUCGAUUGCUGACAUCAACAGUGAAAGAAAUACCUAAAGGUAGUUUUGUGAGUUGAAUUUUCCUUUAAUAAUACAUAUAUAAUAUUGUACGUAAAAGUGCCGCCUACAUAAGAAAUGAAAUAGUGUUUUUGGUCUAACAGUAAUCUUAUACGAUGAUAUUAUAUUCGGUAUGUUAGGCCUAUGCAAAAUACAAAUGAAUCAUUAAGUGUCUUGCGAGACACCGAUUCAGCUUUGAUCCAAACUUUAUUAAACAAGCACCAUUCUGGGAGGUGGUGGAGCGCCGUUCCGGCACUGGCAGCACUACACCCCAUGCGUAGCAGUAGCCUACGUGUCAGUCUGAAAAAGGGACUCCAAAAAGGUCCUCAUUAAAGAUAUUUGUAAAUCUUAAUUUACAAGGUUCUGGCUGCACUACACACUAUCACAAUAAAUGUCAUUCUACAUAACUUUGAAUAGCAGAUCCUGCCAUUUGACUUCUGUUAAGGGCGCUUCCAUGGACAAGUGUUGGAUAAUGUCCAAAUACGUAUUUUGAUUAGCUGAUACAGAAUUUCAACCAGAUAUAAAUACACAUAUAUACAGCCACCUGGUGAGCUUAGCAUGUGUCAGGUUAUGUAAUGGGAACAGCUAACAUGUAGCCUUUGAUCACGUACAACUACAUCCUUCAACCUGUUCUAAUGUUCACAAGUAUGGCCCACAAGUAUGGCCCACAAGUAUGGCCCCCAGGUAUUUUUUGACUUAAUAUGGCUAUGCGCAUAGCUAUUCAGGUGUGAUUCAUGUGUUAUUCUACUCAGUUAUGAUAUUAUUCCAUUUUUAUUGUGUAUUUCUGAUCUGUUUUUGACAUUCACAAUAUUACUUGACACACAUAAACCUCAUUAAGACCAUAACUCACCUCAGUUCCUUUGCCUUUCAGUCUACCUCAGUCACAGAAAAGCAGAGGAGAACUCUUUAUAGCCUCUCCCCAUACCAAAAAACAAAAACAAAGACACACACACACACACACACACAUACACACACACACACCUACUCAGGACAAUCCCAUACACACUGUACCCACUAGCCUCACACUCUCACUUCCACUUCCAUGCUGACUGACUCUUUAAGCGGGUCCCAGCAGCAGCCUUUAGUGGUAAUGCUCUGAUGAAAUAUCUGAGAUAAGACUUGGGUCUAGAUUCUAUCAGAUCCGUGCUACAUUCACAUAGCGGUUGUUUUUGGAGGGGGAACUGCGUUGGAGCUGUCAAAUCCACAAGCGGCUCCCUGAGUUACCUUAUCACGGACACUGCCAUUAGAUGGAACGAAACCACACCCGGCUUGAUCAUUUCUAUCAUGGAUAGAGCCUACACUUUCUAUCGCCUUUUUGGGCUAACGCAGGGAUAGGGAUAAUAAGGAAGGGAAGGGUUGGUGACACACAUGAUUAGUUAGCUCCUACCGUAGUAAUACUGGACCUCUAACACUGCCAAAACAUCCCCUAUGCGGAUGUCAGCUAACGUGGGUUAACACUCGAUCUGAUUGAAUCGAGGCCUUGGUCUAUCUACCUGGGUUCAAAAUGACCCAAUAUUUUACUGUUUACUGUAGUUGGUUACUUACUCAUUACCUAAAAACAAAUUUUUUUUUAUCACGACCUCUGUGAGCCCUUACAUUUUUCCCUCUCUUCACUUUUUACGUAAGAUACCAUGCGAUCAUUAUUUAAUUUCAAGCUUUCACUUUCACACUACAGAUGUGUUGCAUUAACAAUCCUAACAUUAGUUGAAUUGAUGUCAGUGAAGUGACGUGAAAUAGUGAGUUAACACUUUGUUUUGGAUCUUACUGUAAUGUAUUUCUGGAGUGCGUGGACUUAUCCACGUGCAAUCUUUUUCUAGGGAAAGUUCAAGCGUUUAGUUUUCUGUCAAUUGCAAGUUAGUAUGCCUGUGAGUCUUUUCCAACCUAGACUUUUUCUCUUGAUACUUCACCUCUUUGGAUGGCAUCACUGUUUGCGCUGUGGACUACCUCUGAAACUAGUCUGCUUUGGCCCUCAGAGGGGUGACUGGCUGGUUUUUAGCUUUUGCUUGUCCCCUGCAAUCUUUACCAUAGCUAUGGAACAACUAUAUCAGAGGUCCACUCAUCUCACGUUGUCCUUUUCAGCAUACUGUAUACAGAUGUAGGAUCUUAAUUUGAUCACAUUUUUGUUGCUGAGAUUUUUCCUUGCACUGCAGGAAAUGCAAACUUGUAGUAUAUGAGAUUGAAAAAGGCUUCUUAAGGUUGUGAAUUCCACUUUGAAAUUUCAGACUUGAUUUGCCCCAAUGAAAAAUGUAUCAAACCUUACAAAAAUGUAAUCCACAUAAUAAUUCACAUUUCUUGUUGCUGCAGGAUUAUGUUUCUGCUGUAGCAAACUGGAUCAAAUGAAGAUCCUACAUCCUUAGGUAAAUAAACCCAAAGUACUGUACGUCAGUAAGAGUGCCUCCUAACCAAACCACAGUCAUACCUCAGCAAUGUCAGGAUAGCCACUAUCUAUAUUUUAAUCACAGUGUUGCUCUAAAUGAGCUGACUGAUAUUGAUAUAUUCAGUAUAAACAUUUUAGGAGUUUAUUUCAUGUACUUGCUGUUAUGCUUUAUUGUAUGAGGGUUUUUAAAUAUUGAAUAGAGUAGUUAGGUUCUCUUAUCUUGUAACAUCUCCAGUUUUAAUCUUUUUUGUGUUUGCGAUCGAUGAAAAGGUCUCCCUUUUUAUUUUAGUCUUUCAUAUAUUGUUUUGAUUUAUUUUAGAUUUCAAUCCAUUUGAACUUGAAUACGCAACUCAAAUGGCUGUUUUCUAAUUUGACUCUGAUCAGUCUCGCUUCAUUGUGUGUUUGCAUGAGUAUAGAGGUGCUACUUGGUCUUUCUGUUACCAAUAAAAAGGUUCACAUA